AUGUAUGUCACAAGUGUUUCACACGCUCUUCUUUUUCUUAAAUUGAAACCACACGAACUUCCUUUUCUACCUUCCUUGUAUUGUAAUUUGCGCGUCAAGAGACAGUCAGAGGAGUUGACAGCAAUGAUGUAUAUAUUAUACACAUUGGUUUGAGAAAGAGAGGCGCGAACAUGUAGCCUAGGCGUUGUGUUGAUAAAGGUUGAAACAUUUAUCCAGGAUGAACCGUUCCAGUAAAUUGUCAUCUGAAAAACAGAAGAAAACCUGGAUGAAAUACGCAGUGCUAUGCUGACAACAAGAUGCAACUCGAGACCGGUGAGCGCAGUGGGAGAAACCAGAAUUGAAACCUGCGGUGCUUCAGUGAAGCCCCCCCCCACCUCAUCUGAUGGAGAGGCCGUCUUCUACUACCAGGCGCCAGGCCUGGUUCCAGACCGGUCGCCAGUGGCCUACCCUGAAAGAACAAGAUCCACAGGGACCUCCAUCCACCCACCCGUCUGUUCCACACCAGUCUGCAUCAGAGGAUGAUGUCUUCUCAGAUGGAUGCUCAGCAGGAAAGAUUGAGAGCUGGCUGCUGGGCUGUGGGCUGGAGACUGACUCAGAAAACUCUAGACAUAAUCUGACUGUUGAGUCUCUGCUGAAAUCGAAAAGUUUUGAAGAUGACCUGAGUCUGGGGGCCGAGGCUACAGUAUUAAAUGUUGAGGAAGGAGUCUCAGAACUGAGCAGCUGCCCACUGCUGUUUCCGCCACCCAAAGAUCCUCACAGAGGAGUCACCACCAGUACUCCCCGCCACAGGCUGGCUCUGUCCCUUCUCCACCUGGGUCACAGUCUGGCCUCCAGUGGGCUCUCCAAAAGCACCAGUAAAGCCUCGAGUGUGUCGGAGGCCCUGCAGAUGUGUGCGGAGGAUGCAGAGGAGACUCUGUACCAGUUAGGGUUUGGUUGUGAUGAGCCUGAGGUCACGGCCCGUAUCCCUAUCCGCUUCAUCAACUUCCCCUCCCAUGCCCACGGCAUCAACCUCCGCCUCUUCCUUCAGUCCCAACUGCGCCGGCUCCGACAGGAGGACCCAGGACUCUCCCUGGCCAGCCGUUUCAGGCAGGUAGAGGUGCUGACAGCCAUGGCCAACGCCUUCUACUCCCUCUACUCACACGUGUCCCGCACGCCCCUCCAGAAGCUCGCCCCUCCUGAGUUCAGCUUCUCCCCCACCGCUGACGGGCAGAUCGGACGGCGCUUCAUGGGAAGUGUCCGCAGCGAACCGAGGUCUCCAGUGGAACGACUCAAGGAUACGGUUUCUAAGAUGUGCCUGUAUACUGGCUCUGGGGCUUCUGCCCGGCUGGGCUCGGACUCUGCCUGCCCCAGACCAGGACUCUCCCCCGGGCCUGGGUCGGCACCCAAGAAGAGAAGCAGCCUUCCUGACUUGGUGGGUCUGGUCCUGGAGAACACUAAGGCAGAGCCUUUAUCCAGAGACAUGGAGGAGGAUAAUCAGGAUACAGGGGACAGUAAUGAGACGAGUGCUGCUGUGGACACGAUGGUGAGAGAUACAGAGACAGAGACACAGGGACACAUAGACAGGGAGGGGGAGCAGGGGUUGUUUUCAGAUGUACAGGAUAUGGACACUGGGGAUAGUAACAAGACGUGUGCUGUGGGCACACGUAUGUUCAGGGACAGAGAGACAGAGACACCGGGACAUAGAGACACAGUCAGGGACAAGGAGUUGGAGCAGGGAUCGUCAUCACAUGGGGAUGGAGUUGAUUUAGAGAGAGAGCGACAUUCUGACAGAACACCCAACCUUGGGGCAUCAUCACUUUCAGAAUCGGGUCAUCAAAGAGAGCCCAGUAGUAGGAAGAAGCUGGACUUUGGCCUUACCACUCCAAGACCGACUUGUGAAGUUGGAGAAACUCAAAACACAAUUCAUCCCACAGGCUGGGCAACAGUAGUGGCACCGGUCGCCAAGGUUACCCAUGACAUCACCCGUCCUCAGAUCGUUGAGUGUGUUCACCAGGCUCCGUACAGCAGUCAACUACAACAGAGGAAUAGUAACACACAGGCCGUGGACAUUUUGUCCUCUGAGAACGUCAGAAGAUCUGAUCGAUCCUUCACCACGUCGGACGGACUACACAAACCCAGGGAGGAGGAUUUCUUAACUACCAGUAACGCAGCCAAGAGUUUAGAGGUCACAGUAACUCCCAUGUCUAAGGUGGAGUCUAGUUUGGGAGAAACUGGAACACGGGUUGUGUCAACGUUCGUGUCUAUAGAGCUCCUUAGUUGCAGGAAGUCCCCUUGUCUCAUCACUGUUACUGAUGUGACACCUUCUAGUUCUUUAGAUACAGAUGCACCUGAGAUGAUUCUCCCUGCCAGUGGUGGGACCACAGUGGAGCCUCCAGCAGCCCAGUAUUAUCCAGGUGUAUGGAGGAACAAGAGGUACCUGAGUCCUCUGAAACCAACACCACUCCAGGGGCAGGUCUCCCACACUAUUCAACAGGCCAACUCCUUUGAGCUGGAGGAGGUACAGAGCGCAGGGGAGGAAGACUUCGGACAGCAAGAAACUAUAAGGUCGACAUCUUUGUCACGGUCUACUGUCAAUCAAAACAAAGGUCUGGUGGUUCGAGGGGACAGCAUGCAAUCAGACAGUAGUGGCUACGCUGAUGACGACGUCGACUCCCCUGACAGAGACAAGAGCUGACGAACAGGACCCUCGGGGAAAUGGACUCCGGGAACUAUUAUUUACAUGAGUCACACAAACAUAUUGAGCCACUGAAGGUACAGUCAGAUACGGACUGUUAUUGUGAACGACAUCAUGAAAUCAGGUGGCAUUCUGACUACCCACUUCGACGUUACACUUCAGAGUUCAACGUUGUCUUCCGUUGGUUCAACACAUUGCCCCCUAGGCAUAUUUAAACACACAGAUCAAGUUUCCUAACCUGAUGCGCAGGCAUUGCCUCAACCAACAGUUGUGUGCCAGACAAUGCAAUGCGGUUAGCUGACAUGUUUAAAUACUUGUCCAGGCGUUGUAAGAUCUUCAGUGUAGUCGGACAGGAACUCAACCCUUCGGUUUUGAUUGUGUAGACCGUCGUGUGUCCAGUGUUUCUGUUGACAGUCAUUAAUCCAUGCUAGUGCUGCGCCUUUUGUGAAAGUCGUUAUUUAUGAAUGUUAAAAAUAAAUGUUUUAUAAAUGAAGAGAUUCAAUAAAGUGAUUUCAAUAAACAUUUGA